ACUCUCUCUAUCUCUAUUUCUCUCUCUUCUCUUUCACUUGAUGAUCAUAUUCUUUUCUCUCUUUUUUUCUUUUUGCGUUCGUGUGUGCUCUUUGGCUUUUUGGGUCUCUCUCCCUCAAAAUUCGCCUCUUUUUCUCUUCUUUUCGUCUCAGCUCACACCAAAAACAAUGGUGGAUCUUCAAACCGUUUGCUGCAUGUGUGGCGACGUUGGUUUCCCCGACAAACUUUUCCGCUGCAACAAAUGUCGCAACCGCUUCCAACACUCGUAUUGUAGCAACUACUACGGAGAAUUACCGGAGAUAGAACUGUGCGAUUGGUGUCAGAGUGAGGAGAAGAACGUGAGACAUAUUGGCUCCAAUUCGAAGAAAACCGUGGUCGGAAACGAGGUUGGAGCCACCCACCGUUCGGAAUAUUCCGGGGAGAAAAUGAUCAAGCAGCAUGAUCAUCGUGACGAGAGUGGUUCCGAGAAGGGAACCAGUCCCACACCGUCGCCGCGACCCGGGGCACGCAGGUACAAACUUCUUAAGGAUGUAAUGUGUUGAGGAAAAGAGAACAAAGCUAGCGUCUCAGGCCAACCGAGAACAAGAGAAAACAAAACUAAUAUUAUAGAAGGUGACUUUUGUGUCUUAAAAGAUGUUUUGUGUUAAUAGCGUGCAGUAACUUGGCAAAGAGUGUGUGUGAGUUUUUCUUCGAGUGUCUUUAUCUACUAUAUAUGAUCCUUUGUUUUGAGUGGCUUUUCAGCAAGUUGUGAAUAAAACUAUGCAACUUUAGUAUAUCUUCUAUAGUCCCGUAAUCUAUGGCAUAAUUAUUAAGUUUAA